UAUGCUUAACGAAAGUUUAGAAUCUGAUAAAGAGAUUGAUCCUGAAAAAGAAAGACAAAGAUUAAUGCUUAAGAGAUAAAAAUCAAUUGAAGAGAGUCUUUAACUUAAUGUUAAAGAUCACAUUAUUAAAUUAGAAGUAAGCUAUUUUUUAAAUUCAUUUAGAAUUACUUGAUUGAACUUAAAAAAGACUUAGAAAAUAGUAAGAAAGAAAUGUCUAAUCUAAGAAUGGAAAUUUCAACUGUUAAAAACAAUCAUGGUACUAUGAGUGAUGAUCUGACUACAUUUAUACAAAAUGAUGUAUCAAUUUUAUCAAACAAGCUAGGCCAAAAGACUCUUAAAUGAAACAAUCAAAAAAUCUCAAGAUGUAUAACAUGAUAUUGAAUUUUUGGAUGCUCAAAUGAAUGUUUUGAAAAGCGAUAAAGAUAAAUUACAAGAUGUUACAACUACAUUAGAAAAAAGAAUUGUAUCAUGCGAAACAGAUGUAGGAUUUAAGCAUGUUUAUGAUUGA